CUGUUAGUCUUGAAUAAACCAAGUACUUGGAUGAACAAUCCCUCUCUGGAUUUGUUGGGUCAUUUCAACGGAAAUUACGGGUUACCAGUGAUUUUUUUUUAGUGGCGCAAGUAGAUUUGCGAAUUUAGUGUGGGUGGGUAAUAUUAAAAAUGGAUUUGAGUAGCAGAGAAGCUAGGGCCUACAGCAAAGUACUCAAUAAAUUGAGAAGUGAUUUACCGGAUAAGGGAUUGACACUUGUGGAACUUAUCCAAGAGCUUCAUAAUGCGUUCGAUACCGAUGUCGUUGAUAUCGAUUAUGUUCAGAAACUCAUGUCAUCCUACAGGAGUAAUCCACAGGACUGGAAGAAAUACGCCAAGUUUGAUCGUUACAGGUACACGAGGAAUCUGGUGGACGAGGGCAAUGGGAGAUUCAACCUAAUGGUGUUGUGCUGGGGUGAGGGUCAUGGCUCAGCCAUUCAUGAUCAUGCUGAUGCCCAUUGUGUCAUGAAAAUACUUCAGGGAGAAUUGCGCGAGACGCGAUAUGCAUGGCCAUCGACCGAAUACACUGAUUCCGGUCCAGAAGACCAGGAACUCCGUGAAAUCGAGAAGAAUACCCUCUGUACAAACGACGUGUGCUACAUAAACGACUCUAUGGGACUUCAUCGAGUGGAAAAUCCAAGUACAAUAAAUCCAGCAAUUUCCCUCCACCUCUAUUCACCCCCAUUCAGCACGUGUUCGAUAUUCAAUCAGAAAACUGGCCAAAGACUGCCCUGCAAAGUGACCUUCUGGUCCAAAUACGGAGAGCGUCGUAAUCGGGAGAUACAGGAAAACAGGUGUCCAGAAGACAACUGAUCCACUUAUUUCUCGAGGACAAAGACCAAUUGGAUUAUAGCAUUAAUUUUUACAUUGGAAUUCCAACAAUGGAUGAAGAAGCACCACAAACAUCUCUUUCUCUACGUUCAAUGAUUAUUCUUCAGGGGCAAAACCUCUGCGAAAAUCCUAUUAAUUAUUUGAUAAGAUAUGAUUGUAUACUCAUGUAAUACAUUUGUAAAGAGUCUCAAUCUAAGAUUUUGUAAAUAAAGUCAGGAAUCGAUAGCAUGAAUUGAAA